UUUUAGGUGUAUCAGUUCCAGAGGGCAUCCCUGAGUGGAGUCCGGCUGUUCGAACCCUCCGCAACAUCACCAACAACUCUGACAUGCAGCCAGCCAAUCGACCUGCCAACGUAGCACAUAUCAUCCAGAAUCUCACAGCCAAUCAGACAAAGCCAUUGGAGCAGCAGACCAAUCAGGGCCAUGCUCAGACCCCUAACAGUACCAACCCUCUUCUGUUCAAUCAGCCCAAACUGGUUGGCCAGCCCCUCACUGCAGAGCAGCAGCAACAGUUACUGCAACAGCAACAGUCACAUCAGGCUGCCCAGCAACAACACCAACAGUUACCACAGCAACCACAGCAUCCCAUGAUGCACCUCCAGCAGCAGCAUCAGAUGAUGCAGCUACAUCACCAACAGCAGCAACAUCAACAGCAACAGGUUGCACAACAAGGGUUCCCACAGUUGCCCCAACAGCAGCAACAGUUUCUGCAGCAGCAGCAGCAAAUGCACCAACAGCAAAUGUUCUCCCAGCAACAGCAGCCACAGCAGCAGCAGCAGCAGCAGCAGCAUGCAUUCUCCCAGCAGCAGCUGCGGCCCCAACAGCUCCCACGGCCUGGUUUACAGCAGCUGCAGCAGCAACAGGUGCUGCAGCAACAGCUCCAGCAGUUCCAACAGCAGCAGCGCAUGCAGAUGUUACAGCAGCAGCAGCAGCAACAGCAAAAUCAACAGCAGUUACACCAACAGCAUCUACAGCAGCAGCAGCAGCAGCAGCAGCAUUUCCUACAACAGCAACACCUGCAGCAGAUGCAGCAGCAGCAACUGCAAAAUCAGCAGCAGCAGGCUCUGCAGCAUCAGAACCAGCAGGCCCUGCAGCAGCAGACGUCACUGCAGCCUCACCUCCAGCAGACUCCUAACAUCUCCCAGCUGUUUGGACAUGAGCCAGGACAAGACAUUCCACAGGAUGGCUUUUUGCUGGGCUGUGUGUUUGCUAUUGCUGACUACCCAGAACAGAUGGCUGACAAACAACUCCUGGCCACAUGGAAGAGGGUCAUCCAGGCAUGUGGAGGUGCUGUUGACCCUGCCUUGACCAACCGCUGCACGCACCUGCUGUGUGAGAGUCAAGUCAGCAACAUGUAUGUACAGGCACUCAGAGAGGGGAAGCGCUGUGUAACGGCCCACUGGCUUAACACUGUACUGAAGAGGAAGAGGAUGGUUCCUCCACAUCGGACGUUACAUCUGCCCUUUGCCUUCCCUCCUGGAGCCAAACCCUGCUCUCAGCAUGUAGGUCCAAUCCCCACAAACAGUCACAUGUAGAUUAGCUAGCUA